AGGUACAGUGGCCCUUCUCUAAUGUGGUUCUUUAUUCUAUGAGGAGGCGUGACUGUUCUGCCAGAGUUGUGCUACGCUAAUUGCGAAGCUUACCCUUCACUUCCUGCACGGUCCUUUGGUACCGCGUAGUGGCCCAGAAACUUAUCCGAGAGCAGGCACACUUCCUGGUGCGUUCUUGCUGAUGUCCUCGGGAGACAGUUGCUGAUGGCUACCACCACGAUGCGGCGAGCAGCUUGGUUCACCGGCGUGCGCGUAUGCGCGCGCUGGGCGAGCAACGACAGUGGCCACACGCCGGCCAGUGGCCAGCGGCAGCGCACCUUCAAGAAAGUGGAGUCCAACUCAUUCCUGGUCAACCUGUUCAUGGGGGAGGCAAACUUGACACAGAUCUUCCCCUUUCCAGAUGUGCUGACAGCUGACCAGACAGAGACACUGGGGAUGCUGUUGGACCCGCUCAACAGGUUUCUGACGGAGGUGAACAAUGCUGACGCGAACGAUGCCAACGAACGCAUUGCGGACGAGACGAUGCAGGCACUGAAGGCGAUGGGAGGCUUUGGCAUGCAAGUGCCUCCCGAGCUGGGAGGCAUUGGGGCCACCAACUGCCAGACGGCACGCCUGAGCGAGACCAUCGGCCAGUAUGACCUGGCACUGGGCAUCACGCUUGGAGCACACCAGUCCAUUGGCUUCAAAGGCAUCCUGCUCUUUGGCACUGAGGAGCAGAAGCGCAAGUACCUACCCGGCCUGGCCGCUGGUGAGCAGCUGGCUGCCUACUGCCUCACUGAGCCUGGCAGUGGAUCAGAUGCAAUGUCUAUCAAGACACGGGCCGAGCUGUCUCCAGAUGGGAAGCACUACAUUCUCAACGGUGGUAAAAUCUGGAUAAGCAAUGGUGGCCUUGCUGAAAUCUUCACUGUAUUUGCUAAGACUCCUGUGAAGCUGGACUCCGGGGAGGUGCGCGAUCGCAUGACUGCCUUCAUUGUGGAGCGCUCUUUUGGAGGAGUCACCUCGGGACCUCCAGAGAAGAAAAUGGGCAUCAAGGCCUCCAACACGGCCUCCGUCUACUUUGACAACACUCCCGUGCCUGUCGAGAAUGUUCUUGGCAAUGUUGGGGAUGGUUUCAAGGUGGCGAUGCAGAUCCUGAACAAUGGCCGAUUUGGCAUGUCGGCCGUGCUGUGCGGCACCAUGCGGGCGGCCAUCACCAAGUCUGUGACUCAUGCCACGACGCGUAUGCAGUUUGGCAGCCGGUUAGCUGCCUUUGGCAAUAUCCAGGAGAAACUGGCCAGCAUGGCAGCACGCCUCUACACAGCCGAGUCUCUUACCUACCUAUUGUCUGGAAACAUGGAUCGUGGGUUCACUGACUACCACCUUGAAGCAGCGAGCACCAAGGUAACAGCAUCUGAGUGUGCCUGGUACGUGACAGAUGAGGCGAUCCAGCUCCACGGAGGCAUGGGAUUCAUGCGUGACGCAGGGCUGGAACGUUGCCUUCGUGACCUCCGCAUCUUCCGUAUUUUUGAGGGUGCUAAUGACAUCCUGCGGCUCUUUGUUGCCCUGCAAGGGCUGCAGUACGCGGGUGGGCACCUGCGGGAGCUGCGACGUGCCUUGCGCAACCCGGCUGCGCACCUGGGCCUCCUGUUUGACCAGGGCUCCAAGAGAGUGCGGCGCGCCGUGGGCCUUGGCUCAGCAGCACCAACCCUACAGCAGCACGUCCACGCACGUCUCGCUGGCCCCACUGCACUUGUGUCGCGCUGCAUCGAGCUCUGUGGUGGGGCUGUCGAGCAUCUGCUCAUCAAGUACGGCCGGAACAUCAUUGACGAGCAGUUUCUGCUGAUGCGGCUGGCCUACAGUGCCAUCGAUGUGUAUGCCAUGGUGGCGGUACUGUCACGAGCAAGCCUUGCCCUGCAGAAGUCGCUGCCCUCAGCUGAGCAUGAAGCCCUGCUGGCCCAGCUCAUUUGCAGCGAGGCUAGCGAGCGUGUUCAGGCCAACUUGGGGGCCCUGCGGUCAUCUGAGAAGCAGGCCAAUUUUGUCACCAUGCGUGCGGUGGCUGAAGGCAUGUGCGAAGCUGGUGGUGCUGUGCCCUUGAAUCCACUGGGUGUCUGAACCCUGCCUCACCCGAUAGCCUUGACAGUGACGUCAAGGUGUGCACUAAUGGUAGUGCUCCUGACAAAGUGGUCACACAGGCAUGUGUUGGAGUGUCACAAUUGGUUGUGAGGGCAUGGCCGCAGCCUUGCUCAUAGUCCUGGCACACUGCGGUGCCACAGCUGCCAGGAGGAGGGUGGUGCUGCACACACGUGAGCUGCACUGUCAUUUAGAGGAAUCUUGUUUCUUAUGAACUGAUAAUAAAGCUAUUUCAACAGCUCACUGUCAAGAUGCAGUGCAGAUAAGUAGUUACCAGCCCAACAGAACUGCGUCUGUGGUGCACAUUUCCAUUGUAGUGAAAGUUUUUAAAAUUUGUUGUGCCUUAUUAGGUGGAUGAGAUUAUUUGCCACUAUGCCUGCAUGCAGUGUGAUGGGCUGAAACGGUGCCCAAGACCCGAGUUAUUGUACCUUAAUUAGUGCAUCGUACACAGUUGUGCCGAUUUGAGUGCAGCGAAUUUCGCACCUGCUCUUUGAUUGGCAUGGCUGGGCACCUGGGCACAACACAUCCCCACUGCAUUUUAAGUGCAUACUUUGUUUCAAUUGCCUGUGACCCUGCAACUCUGGACAUUUCGACCUAUUGAAAUAAAUUUACAGAAAUGGUGA